AUGAUCCUCCCCAUCAUCUUGGGCAUCUCAUGCCUCGCCCAGUUGGCAUCUGCCUACUGGAUGGAUGACAUUGCCCAUCAGGGAGUCGCCUCUUUCAAUCCACAUGCUGCUAUGUACCAGGUCUUCCGCAAUGUCAAAGAUUACGGUGCUGUGGGUGAUGGAGUAGCUGAUGACACUGCUGCCAUCAAUGCUGCCAUCAGCAAUGGUGGUCGAUGCGGCUUUGAUGGUGCCUGCUCUGGGUCUACUACUACGCCCGCCACUGUCUACUUCCCAGAGGGAACUUACCUCGUGUCCUCUGCCCUCUUGGUGACCUACUACACGCAGAUGAUCGGUGAUCCCACCGCUAUGCCUGUCAUCAAAGCCUCGCCUUCAUUCAACAUUGACGAUGGCAUUGGCGUCAUUGAGAGCGACAAGUACAACAACACCGAUGGCCAGCUUAACUACGUUGCUACCAAUGUGUUCUGCCGCCAGGUGCGCAACUUGGUCAUUGACACUACAGACAUGUCGCCUACCAUCAAUAUUGCAGGUAUUCAUUGGCCUGCAGCCCAAGCCACCUCCAUCCAAAAUGUUGUGUUCCAGCUCUCCCAGGUUCCUGGAAACCAGCAUGUUGGCAUCUUCAUGGAGGGGGGCAGUGGUGGCUACAUGGGUGACUUGACCUUCUACGGUGGCAUGAUUGGUGCUCAAUUUGGCAAUCAACAGUACACAACCCGCAACUUGACUUUUGUCAGCUGCCACACUGCCAUUCUACAGCUUUGGGACUGGUAUUGGGUCUACAAGGACUUGACCAUUGUGGACUGCAACAUCGGCAUUAAUCUGACUGCCCCUUCUGUCGGCUCUGCAAUCAUUCUGGAUAGCGUCUUUAUUGACACUCCCAUGGCUAUCGUCACUAAUUACAGCAGCACCACAGACCCAGGCAAGAUGCAGAGUCGGGGCACAUUGCUCAUGGAAAAUGUUUCCUUUGGCAAUGUCACUUCCAUCCUCCAAGAAGGUACCGAGACCACCUUGCUCCAGGGUACAGCUUAUAAUGAAACACUCAUUACUGGCAAAGGCAAUGUCUACACCCCCACCGGCCCAGACUACGUCUUCUCUAGUCCUGGCGACUGGUUUCCAGAGAUCCAGACUUUAAAGAACCGCACCCAAUACUACGUGCGCUCCAAACCUCAGUAUGACGACGUUCCCGCCAGCCUCUUCGUUUCCGCUCGCAGUUUUGGUGUCAAGGGAGACGGCAUCACAGAUGAUACCUCUGCCCUCAACUCCUUCUUCUCGCACAUUUCCGAAAACUUUGAUUCAGGCUACAUCGGAUUCAUCGAUGCAGGGUACUAUAAAGUCUCAGAUACCAUCAAAAUUCGAGGCAAUACCCGCAUUGUUGGCGAAGCACUGGCGUCAGUCAUCAUGGGAUCGGGCCCCAACUUCUCUGACAUGAACAGCCCACGUCCGGUGGUGCAGGUCGGAGAGCCGGGAGAGAAGGGCUAUGUUGAGUGGAGCGACAUGUUUGUCUCGACACAGGGUGGCACGUCUGGAGCCGUCCUCAUUGAGUACAAUCUUGGUGACUGCGACUGCAACCAAGGCCCCUCUGGCAUGUGGGAUGUCCACAUCCGCGUGGGCGGUUUCGCGGGUUCCAAACUCCAGAUGGAACAAUGUCCUAAGACACCGAAUCAGACUAACGUCAUCUAUUCCGACUGCAUCGCUGCGUACAUGGGUAUGCAUAUUACAAAGGGAGCUUCAAACCUCUACAUGGAGAACACUUGGUUCUGGGUCGCCGAUCACGAUAUGGAAGACUUCCACUCCACACAGAUCACCGUCUUUGGUGGCCGUGGUUUCCUCAUUGAGUCUCAAGACGGUCCAAUCUGGGCUUACGCAUCUGCGGCCGAGCACUGGACCCUGUAUCAGUACCAGUUGUACGAAGCACAGAACAUCUGGAUGGGUCAGAUCCAGACGGAGACUCCUUACUACCAGCCCAACCCCCCUGCGCCGUAUCCAUUCGACAUAGCAAACAUCGUGCUGAACGACCCAGACUUUGGCACCGACUGCGCCAGCCUGAUCAAGGGCGCCAUGAUCCCUGGCGCCAACCUCACGGCGCCUUGCGAGAUGGCUUGGGGUCUCCGGAUCAUCGACAGCAAUGACGUUGUCAUCUACGGUCCAGGUCUCUACAGCUUCUUCAACAACUACAAUACCACAUGCAGCAAUGGACCAUACGGCGGAUCUAUGCGAUGCCAGUCUCGGAUGGUCUGGAUCCAAGAUACCACCGGCGCCUCGGGCAACAACGUGGUGCUGUACGAUCUGAACACCAUCGGCACCAUCAGCAUGGUGACCUACAACGGCAGCGAUGUUGCUUUGUGGAAGGACAACUGGAACGUCUUUGGAGAGACGCUCGCCAUCUUCCAAGGUCAGGUUUGA